AUGGAAGAAUCACCCACGGCACCAUCUGGUGAAAACCGGAAAAAGAUGAAUGAACAGUUUAACAGAAAAAACAAUACUGUUCUAAAGGAAUUUGAAGUCGGUGAAGCGGUUUAUGCUCAGGUAUGGACAGCACCGCAGUUCAUGUGGAAAAAAGGUGUCAUCACCAGAAGGAUUGGCAAGGUCAACUAUGAAGUUAACCCGAGUGGAAGGAUAACGAGGAAACACGCAAACCAACUGCGUCGUGGUGACGCGAAAGCACCGUCAGGUAAUGGAGAUAAGUCAUUGCUGACCCUGCUCGAGAUGCUCGAAUUGGACGAUGUAUGGACACGACAAGAGGAAGUCGCCCAAGCUACAGGUGCUGCUGCUCGAGGACGACAAGCCCACGGAACCAAUGUACCACCACGUCGCUCUGCAAGGAUAAGAAGGCCGGUACAGAGGUACCCAGACACAUUUCGUUAG